AUAGCCUACGUUACAUGUUGAAAUUCAGACUUGUCAUCGUUCAGACGUUGCAAGCUCAAAACCAGCACAUAGAACGCAAUUCUAAAGUUAUUGACGGAUUUGAAAGGCGUGUGAAGUGGUCAGGUGGAAACUUUAAAAUGUCAAACUGUGUCAUUUUUCAGUCCCAGUUAGCCUCCAUAAUGGAGGUACUGGUUAAAGCGGCGGUGGCAGACAUUAGCAAACUUGUGGAUGACGGCUCUGCUGUUUUACGUUUGGAAAUAUCACAAAGCCAGAAAGAAAAUAAACUGCUGAGGCGGAAACUCCAGCUGAUGGAAGGCGAACUCAGGUCAGCUCGACAAUGUUGGAUGAGAAGCGCUGGAGGGCGAGAGAGCUCUGCUCUCAAUCGAUUUGGUGGUGCAAAGAAUGCAGACAUGGAGGAUUACUUGCCUGAAUCAGUUUUAAUCAAGGAGGAAAGACCUGAGGACAUGGAGAGUAAUGACUCAAGGGGAAGACUAGAGGAUAAAGGCCAGGGUGUAAUGGAGUCUAGUGCUCUGAAAGAGGAAGGGAAGAAACCUCAAGGUGAACAGCAGUUCUCUGUGCACCAGUGGGAUGCCACACCUGCACCUGCAGAGAGCUCUCAGGGCCAAUGGGACACAAUGUCUGCACCUGCAGUGAGCCCUAAGGGCCAGUGGGCCGCAAUGCCUGCAGCUGCAGAAGAGUUCACAGAGCCACACGCCACCAGCCAGGCUGCACAGCUGCUCAACAGACUGGAGGUGGUCCACAAGUCCGAGGAGGAGAAUGAAAACAGUGCAGGGACUCUGAGUCACUCAGGCUCUCCCAUGCACGUCAGUCCUCUGGGGUCAGCACUCACAGGCGCAGGAACAGAGAGCAGAGAUCCAGGCCUCACUGACUCCCACAGGGAGGGCUCACAGUGUCCUGUAAUUCUGAGAGACCAGCAUCCUGUUCAUACCACGCAGGCACGCUGCAGUCUGGCAUCUUUAGGAUCAUUUGACACGGAAUCUCUACACAUCAAACAGGAGGUAGAGAUGUCCUUAACUUGCAGUGAUGGGGACUGUGCAGAGGUUGUGCAUUCACCAACUGUACUGUCCAGACAAGGUAAGGAGAGAGAACAAGUGCAGCCGAAAGGUCUUUCUACAGUGUGCCCUCCUCAGGACAUUAUAAAUCUUCUGAGGCUGCAGCAGCACACACGUAUAGAAAACCAUUAUCAGUUGACCAGCAGGACUGGGACAGACAAGUUAAACAUGGACAUACCUGGACCAUAUAUGAACAGACAUUCCCCAUGUGAUGACAGCUGCAGUUUAUCAAAAAGAUACAAGGCUCAUCACAAAGCUAACUCAGUAGAAAGACGGUUUGGUUGUUCAUACUGCGGGAAAAGUUUCAGUCAGCAAGGUCACCUUAGAAUACACCAGUUUAUACACACAGGAGAGAAACCGUUCAGCUGCACUCAGUGUGGGAAGAGCUUCACUCAUGUCCAUGUUCUCAAAAGACAUCAGAGUGUUCAUACUGGACAGAGACCAUACAUUUGUGCUCAUUGUGGGAAAAGCUUCACUCUGCAAGACAGCCUAAGAAGACAUCAGCGAAUUCAUACAGGAGAAAAACCGUAUGUUUGUAUGUACUGUGAAAAACGAUUCACUCAGGGAAGUCAUCUUAAAAUACACCAGCUAAUUCACACGGGAGAGAAGCCUUUCAGCUGUGAACAAUGUGGGAAGAGCUUCACUCAGUUGCAUGUUCUCAAAAGGCAUCAGAGUGUUCACACUGGACAGAGACCAUACAGCUGUGCACAUUGUGGGAAAAGCUUCACUCUGCAGGACAGCCUAACAAGGCACCAGAGAAUUCACAUAGGGGAGAAACCAGUUUUUCCCCCACAACUGUAUGGUGCUGCAGGGUUGCCAUUACAAGACUACUCCGCACCAAUGUUGAAUUUAAAUUUUGAAUUAUUCUGAAUUUUUUUAAUCAGUAAGUUUUAUUUUGGUUUUAUUUUGCCCAGUAAAAAAGAAUUUGUGCAUGUUUGAGAUUUUUUUUAUUUACAAGUUUUUAAACUACCUUCAGACUUAACUGCAUGUUUGUUUUGGAAAGAGAGAGCUGCUGUUCCAGUCGAAUGUCUUGAUGCGAACGCCAAUAUUAGUCGACUUUUGUUUCACAAGAGUACAGUAUCGUUACUCCUUUGAGCUGUGUUAUGCAAGGAAUCCUGUUGUUGCUCAGGUAUCACCACCUUGUCACAUGCC